GUGGUGGUGGUGGUGGUGGUGGUGGUGGUGAUGGUGUGGUGUUUGCUUUCAGUUUUUUGAAUCAGGGCUGUUUUGUGUAGCCUAGUCUUUCCUGAAACUCAUUGUAUAGACCUGAUUGGUCACAAAGUCGGAGUUCCACCUGCCUCUUCCUCCCUGGUGUAGGGAUUGAAGGCCUGUGCCACCAUGCCUGGUCUCUGUAUUUAGUUUUUUACUGGAAGACCUGUCUGUUGUUGAGACUGGGAUAUUGAAUCUCCCAUUGCUAGUGCAUGCUAUUUAAGCUGCAGAAGUGUUUCUUUUACAAUGGGGCGGGGGGUGCUGUUAUGUUUGGGGCGUAGAUAUUAAGAAUUGAAAUGUUAGGUUCUUAGAACUUUUUUAGUUUGAAGAGUAUAUACUGUCCUUUUUUGUUUUUGUUUGAAGUCUAUUUUGUGUAUUGAAAUGGCUAUACCAGCUUCAUUCUUACUUCCAUUUCCUUAGACUAUCGUUUUCCUCUCCUUACCUUGAGGCAUUGUCUGUCCUUGAUGUUUCUGUUAUAUAACAGGAGGGUGGAUCCUGUUAGCUCCGUUCUGUUAGCUGUGGCUUUUCAUUGGUGGAUUAAAGUCAUUGAAAUGAAGGGAUAUCAGUGAGCAGUGAUCUAUUAUUCCAAGGAUUUCCCUGGUGGUGGUGGUCGUGGAAUGUGUGCGAUUUCUUUCCGUUUUGCUGAUACUGUGAGAUUAUUUAUGUCGUGUGUUUUCAUUUGUAGAGCUAACUUCCUUGGGUUGCAUAUUUUUCUUCUAGCACCUUGUAUAGGGGGUAUAUUUGCAGGUAGAUAUUGUCAAAUUUGACUUUAUUCACAGUGUCUUUUUUUCACCAUCUUUGGUGACUGAAAAAUUUCUGGGUAUAAUAAUCAGGGCUGGCUUCUGUAGUUUCUUACUCUGCAGCACAUGUAUCCAAGCUCUUCUGGUGUUUAGAGUCUGCAUUGAGAAGAUGGGUGUAAUCCUAGUAGGUAUGCCUUUAUAUGUUCAAAGUAUUUUCUGGUUCUUUGAGCUGGUGUUCUUCUUCUUCCUGUAUUCCUAUUAUUCAUAGUUUUUGUCUUGUCAUAAUGUGCCACAACUCCUGGAUGUUCCGACCAUGGAAUGUUUAUGCUUGACAUUUUCUUUGAUGUAUUCAUUCCUUCUAUUCUAUCUUUAAUGUCCAAGAUUCUACCAUCUCUAUUCUCUGGGUGAAUUUUGCCUCUGCAGUCCUAAAAUUUUCAUUUCCAGGAUUUCCUCGGUGUGUGUUUUCUUUAUUGCUUCUAUUCCCGUUUUUUGGUCUUGAACUAUUUUAUGUGUUUCCUUCAAGUGUCAUUGUUUGUGUUUUCCUUUAUUUCUUUAAUGAAUUCAUGUAUUUCCUCUUUAGGGAUCCUAUCAUUUUCAUAUAGUUGGUUUUAAGGUUUUUUUAUUGUGCUUUCAGCCAUGUGGGCACAUUCAGGACUUGCCGUGGUAUGAUAACAUGGCUCUGUUGGUGAAAUAUUUCUCUGGCUUUUAUUGAUUAUGUUCCUAUUCUGGUGUCUAGACAUCUGAGAUUGGGGUGAUUAUAGGUCUUGGUGCUAAUUUCUCUGUUUGUCUUGUUUGGGUGGGAGUUUUUUCCCCCUGGGUUUCUUUCUGUUUGCUCUCUGAAUUUUCUGAAAGUCGAUUUGCUGAGUAUUACCUCGUUUACUGACCUAGUUGGUGGAUGUGUGCCAAGGGGAAUGCUUACUAGUGUUGGGGGCUGGGGAAUAGGAGCCAUGGAGAGAUAAUCUUAGCAAUCUACUCGAGGUUUAGACACAGGAGAGGGGAAGCUGCCUCUGGUGUUCUGUUCCAGUGCUUGCAGCAACUGUGAAAAUUUGGUCUGGAGUAACAGAUAGUCUGGUCGAUCUCUGGACAGCCUGCCUACCUGGUCUUCUGGCAGGAUUAUCAGAUGGUUAAAACUUUCUCAUAUAUUUUUGUCUCUGUGGCCUAAUUAGCUUUAGUUUCUCAACAUUUCAGAGCCUACAGUCAUGUGAGGGAGCCCCCCUCAGUUGAAGGUGUGCCCCCAUCAGAAUGUCUUGUUGCUGCGUCUGAGAGAUUAUGUUGGUUGAUGAUUGAUGCGGAAAGAAUCUUCUACUGAAGGUGGCAAUGUCUGUAAGCAGGUGUGCCUGGGUUGGAUAGGAAAGUUGCCUGAGCGUGAGACAGUGAGCACACCAGAGAGCAAGCCAGGAAGCAGUUUUUGCCCAUUUUUCUAGCAUGAGUUUCAAUUCUAGGCUCAAAAGUGACGGACUGUGAUCUGACAGAAGCAUCCAGAAAAAAAAAAAAACUGUUUAUCAGCUGUGAUGCUUUUGCUUAGAGGAUUCCGUCACAGCAGCACAGUAACAAGUUAGAACCACAACCACAAAAUAAUAUGUAAAAAGGGAUUUUGCUGCCGGAGAGAAACUUGAAGUGUUCUCUUUUGGAAGAGUGUCAAAGAUGUUAGAAAUUAAGGUGACCAAUGACAUGAAAGGCUGUACACAGAGCUUAAUCAGCUGUUCAUGUAGGACCUGGAAGAUCAGGGAUUUAAGAGUAAUGUAGGCAAAAGUCAAGGUCAUGGGAUUUCAGUGAAAAAAUAGACUCCAUGAGAAAUUUACCAUGAGGUCAUUUGUGUGAUACUUUGGCCCCAGAUCUUUCUUAUUCUACCCAUACCCUGAGAAAAUGAGUAAGGCAGACUUGAAGAAAAUAACAGACUGAUUUCAUAGACAAAAUAUUGAAUCUGUGAGAUGGUUAUUGCUAAUGACUCAGGACUGUGGUGAAAAAAAACAUGUGGGACAGAAAUAAUGUAGUCUGUGUUUUGUAAUUAAAAGCAGCACUAGGUAGUUUCAGGUGGCAGUCAAUGCUGAAACAGAAGCAUGGGUGUUCAAGGAGAUUAUCACCAUUAAAGAGAAGGCCCAAGUGUGUGCCCUUAUGGUAAUGCUGCUAAGCAUUUAAUAAGUGGAAGAAGUAGGCAGAGUUAUUCCUAGUCCCAGGAGAGAACUUCAUAUAAAAUCUGCUGCAACUGUGCAUCCAGUGCGGCGCGGGGUCUGUCUCAGUGUCGACGUCACGUUGACAGGAACACCCAUCUCUUGCUGGCUCUGGAAGCUCAAAGGUGAGGAAUUCUUCCUCUGUGGUUUGGGUUCAGCACACUCACUUCAUCCCUGUCUCACAGCAUAGGAGCUCCAGUGAAGAGAUUCUAAACAUUCCUUGGAUGAAGCUGUCAGGAUGAAUCCUUGGUUACCUUUUGAGACCACAGGCUGUUGAGAUACCCAGGCUUCAAGGCAUCUGCAUGGAGAGCAGCAUAUAGGAGAUGGAAAUGAGCAAACUGAGAUGUAUGAGAAGUCGCAGGGAUAGGGACAGCUGAUCAACUUGAAACUGAAGCCCCAAGUGUCUGAGACAGAGCUACAGGAUCUGGUGUUGCCCUGCUGGGUUUGUUGCCAUGGUUCAAUCUUCCUUCUCGGUAUCCACAUUCCUUUUUCAUUGUAAUGAGAAGGGGUAUUCUGUGCCUUUGAUUCUAUAAGGUGUGGUGAUUAAGAGAUUGCUUUGAGUGUCAGAAGGAACUUUGGACAUUUGAACAGUGUAGGAGUUGUUGCAGAGAAUGAGGAUCACUGAAGUUAGAAUAAAUUUAUGUUCAUCACAGGAUGACCACGAGCCAAUAGUGACCAGACUUCAACUGCAAUAAAUUGAAUCAAAAAGCUCUCAGAUAGUACGAUGUCUUUGAGCACUUGUCUCUCUCUUUUGUAAUUUGGGGGGGGGGGGCGUAACAAAGCUUUUGUAGUAGGAGCCAUUCUAGAUUCCUUAUUGGGGGUGAGAUUUGAGUGUCUAUGAAGUCAACCCAUUUCCUGUUUUUUAUGUCUACUCUGUGGUGAAUGAACCUUAUCAGCCACAUUCCUCUCAGGCUGGUAUGCCCUCACUAUUAUAGACUAUUACUUCAAAUCAGCUACGUUCUAUCAGAAGCACUUACUAUUCAACAAUAAGUUAUUUGCUAGCCAGAUGUUUUCAUAUUGUCAAUUUUGUUGUUUUUGUUUUUGAAGAUAAAGUUUCUCUGUGUAACCUUCCCUGUUCUCAAAGUAGAAAGAAGCCCAUGCAGACUUUGAACUUAGAGAUCCACCCGAAUCCUGGCUCUAGAGUUCUGGAGGCCAACACGCCUGACUGUUUUAUAUAUAUAUAUAUAUAUAUAUAUAUUAUUGGCUGGUAGGCCUGGAGUGUUGGUUCUUGUACAAGUCAAGCAUAUGCUAUUGCGACGACCUUCCUCCACAUCUUCAAUUUUUAAGUUUGACGGAGAGUGUGUUCUGUUUGUCAGGACAGCAUGCAUUCAUGAUGUUAACAGUCCCUGAGCCUUCUAAGUCAUAGGAUAGCAGAUGUGUGACAUUAUUCCUACCUUUCAUGUUUGUUUUGAAUUUUUUUAUUAGUUAUUUUAUUUACAUUUCAAAUGUUAUCCCCCUGCCCAUUUUCCCGUCCACAACCCCCCUAUCUCCUCCUCCCUCCCCUCCCUGCCUCUUUGAGGGUGCUUCCUCACCUGCACACCCACUCCGGCCUCAGCGACCUAGCGUUCCCCUAUCCUGGAUCAUCAAGCCUCCACAGGACCAAGGGGCUCCCCUCCCACUGAUGCCAGAUAAGGCAUUCUUCUGCUACAUAUUCAGCUGGAGCCAUGGGUACUCCCUCUUUGGUUGGUGGUUUAGUCCCUGGGUACAUUGUGAGGUGGGUCUGGUUGGUUGAUACUGCUCUAUGAGGUUGCAAACCCCUUUAGCUCCUAUAGCCCUUGCCCUAACUUACCCGUUGGGGUCCCUGCACUCAGUCCAAUGUUUGACUGUGUAUAUCUGCAUCUGUAUUGGUUCGGCUCUGUCAGAGCCUUUCAGGGGACAGUUAUACCAGGCUCCUGUCGGUAAGCACUUCUUGGCAUCAGCAGUAGUGACUGGGUUUGGUAUCAGCAGAUGGGAUGGAUUCCUAGGUGGGGCAGUCUCUGGAUGGCCUUUCCUUUAGUGUCUCUGCAUUUUCUUUGAACAGAAGGAAUUCUGGAUUCAUAUUUUUGAGGUGAGUGGGUGGCUCCAUCCCUCAACUGGGGACUGUCCCUAUCCACUGGAUGUGGUUUCUACAGGUUCUCGCUCCCCUUUGUUGGGUAUUUUGGCUAAUGUCCUCCCUGUUGGGUCCUGGGAACCUCUUGGGUCCCUGGCAUCUGGGACUUGCUAGUGGCUACCCCCAGUUCCUCCUCCCCCACUACAACACACCUACUUUCAAAUUCCUGAGCCUCUCUAUGUCUCCCCCAUCUCCUCCCAUAUCUGAAUUGGCCCCCUUUUCCCUCCCCCUCCUCACUCCUCCUCAGGUACCUUUCUCUACUUCCCGAGAUUAUUCUCUUCCCCCUACUGGGUAGGGCUGUAGCCUCCACAGUUUGGAAUGAUCUUUCUUCUUGAGUUUCUGUUGCGGUAAAAAUUAAAAAGGGGCACGUCCGGUUCCCAUGCAUCACCACUCCACACUGGACCCCUGGCCUUAGUUCGGGCACUGUAGGGCCAUACAGAACUGACAUCAAUUUAUCUCAGCUGCAGCUGGUUCCAGUAUGAUGCCACGCCACGUUAGCCUAGCUGUCUUCUAGCCCCAGCGGUCUCUCCAUUCCCAUUGCUAGUCACCCUGGCCAGCCCUGACCAGCCAGGAACUCUGGUCCCAGCUACCUGGUAACACCAAGACUCAACAAACUGUAACUCUCAAUCUACGAUACAUCCACAGAGUAAAUUCACUGCCAAUGAAUAAAGAUAGAAACUGCCCACCUAGACAGGAGAAAAUUGACCAAACAAGAAAGACCACCUGGAUCUGAAUCAUCUUCCUCCAUCAUCUCCAUCUUGAUUCCUCUCCUGCACCUGCUCCUCCUCCUCCCUCCUUCCUAGACUUUAACCUGCCUAUCCUUAUCCUGGACCUGCCUUGCUGCAUAAUGACGUCAUCCUGUAAGUUUCACAUGAUCUGUGAGUUGUAUCGUGGGUAUUCCGAGAUUCUUUUUGGCUAAUAUCCACUUAUCGGUGAGUAAAUACCAUGUGUGUUCUUUUGUGAUUGGGUUACCUCACUCAGAAUAUUUUCAAGUUUCAUCCAUUUGCCUGCAAAUUUCAUAAAAUCAUUGUUUUUAAUAACUAAGUAGUACUCCAGUGUGUAAAUAUACUACAUUUUCUAUGUCCAUUCCUCUGUUGAGGGACAUCUGGUGAAUAUUAGUAUCGUGCCUGUGUGUAUGAAUAUGCACGUGAUGUGUGCCUGUUCCUCAUAGUAGUCAGAACAUGACCUCAGAAUUCCUGAAGUUGGAAUAGUAGAUAGUUAUUAGUCACCUUGUAAAUACAGUUGAUUCCAAUUAUUUGCAAGACUAGCAAGAGCACUUAUUUUACUGGUAAGCCAUCCCUCCUCCCUAUGUUGCUUAUUUAUGAUUAACAUUUAUGUUUCUAAUGUUUUAUCCAUGUAUUCAUAACUGUAAGCAUGCAUUUCCUAUUAGUAAGCUCUUACUAAUAUUACAGUUUAAACUGGGGCACUUAAAGUUUCAGGAAGAUGAAUACAGAACUGUAUUCAAUUUUAUAUCUUUGCAGGAACUUCAGUAAAGACCUCUGAGUUCUUUCUAUUUUGUUUGUUUAAUUGAUUCUUGCAGGGGAAUCAAGGUCUUAAUAUAUACCUCUGCAUGCCCUGUCUCCCAUUACAUGGACUAGCCUGGCAUCCACCUCAGUGAGAUAAAUUUGUCUCUGGCUCCUGAUUGCUGGGAUUAAAGGCGUGAGCAAGUACACCCAUCUUACCUAUCCUUUCUGUUGUCAGUAAUCAUUCAAAUCGUGUCUCUGAUAUGUACUCCCUACUGUUGAUCUGUUUGCUCCUCUUUCUCUCUCUCUCUCUCCAUUAGUAGGUGUUUCUCUUGCAAGAGUAUAUCUUAUUCAAAGGGCAGAGAAAAUGACGGGUCACUAUCCUCUUCAGUUCUCUUCAAAAAUUGCUUGAUAUUUAGGAUGCAGUGACCUUUAACGAUGUGCAUGUGGACUUCACUUCCGAAGAGUGGACUUUGUUGGAUCCUUCCCAGAAAGGUCUUUACAAAGAUGUGAUGCUGGAGACCUACUGGAACCUCACUGCUAUAGGUUACAGUUUGGAAGACCAUAAUAUUGAAGAACAUUUUCAAAGUUCUAGAAGACACGGAAGACCUGAAAGAAGUCAUACUGAAGAGAAACCCUAUGAAGAUAUGAAGUGUGGUGAAGCCUUUGCACAUCGCAGUAGUCUUCGAGCACAUGAAAGGACACACACUGGAGAGAAACCCUAUGGAUGCAAUCAGUGUGAUAAAGCCUUUGCGUAUCACAGCAGUCUUCGAAUACAUGAAAGGACACACACUGGAGAGAAACUCUACAAAUGUAUUCAAUGUGGCAAAGCUUUUUCAGAUCAGAACACUCUACAAAGACAUAAAAGAACCCACUCGGAAGAGAAACCCUGUAAAUGUAAUCAAUGUGGUAAAGCCUUUGCACAUCACAGUAGUCUUCGAAAACAUGAAAGAACUCACACUGGAGAGAAACCCUAUGGAUGCAAUCAGUGUGAUAAAGCCUUUGCAUGUCACAGUAGUCUUCGAAGACAUGAAAGGACACACACUGGAGAGAAACCCUAUGAAUGUAAUCAGUGUGAUAAAGCCUUUGCAUAUCACAGUAGUCUUCAAAAACAUGAAAGGACACACACUGGAGAGAAACCCUAUGGAUGCAAUCAGUGUGAUAAAGCCUUUGCAUGUCACAGUAGUCUUCGAAAACAUGAAAGGACACACACUGGAGAGAAACCCUAUGAAUGUAAUCAAUGUGGUAAAGCCUUUGCAUGUCACAGUACUCUUCGAAAACAUGAAAGGAUACACACUGGAGAGAAACCCUAUGAAUGUAAUCAAUGUGGUAAAGCCUUUUCAAUGCAGAAUACUCUCCGAGUGCAUGAAAGAACACAUACUGGAGAGAAACCCUUUGAAUGUAACCAGUGCGGUAAAACCUUUAAACUACACAGUCAGCUUCGAAUACACAAAAGAGUACACACUGGAGAGAAACCCCAUGAAUGUGAUCAGUGUGGUAAAACCUUUGCAUGUCCCAGUAGUUUCCAAAAACACAAAAGAGUACAUUCUGGAGAGAAACCCUAUGGAUGCAAUCAGUGUGAUAAAGCCUUUGCAAUUCACAGUAGACUUCGAAAACAUGAAAGAACCCAUACUGGAGAGAAACCCUUCAAAUGUAAUCAAUGUGGUAAAACCUUUUCACAGUCCAAUAGUCUUCAAGUACAUAAAAGAACACAUACUGGAGAGAAACCCUAUGAAUGUAAUCAGUGUGGUAAGGCCUUUCCAUAUGACAGCAGUCUCCGGGUGCAUGAAAGAACCCAUACUGGCAUGAAGCCUUACGAAUGUAACCAGUGUGGCAAAGCCUUUGGCUACCACAGUCAUCUCCAAAGGCAUGAAAGGACACAUAGUGGAGAGAAACCUUAUUAACAUAAGCAAUGUGGUAAAGCCUUUGUAAGUCUCAGCAAACUUCUCCAUCGCCUGACCUCAUCAUCGCCUACCGCCUGACCUCUUUGCCUCCAGCUAUCACUGCCUAUACCCUCAUCUCCCCCUCCUCUGUGUUUCACAAAGGACACUCCCCCUACCUGAAAGCCUUAAAAGUUGUAACGUUCACUCCAAUAAACGAGACCUUGACAACGGAA